CCAGUAUAAAAAGCGAUGAAUUUUGCUUAACGAUUGUCAGUCUUAGUAUAGUGGUCACAUCAUUAAUUCGAUCUGAAGUUGCGAUCGCACCCGCGUCCAGUCUACUAAACACCGAGAGAAAAAAAAACAGUUCUAACACGGAAAAAUGUUCAGAUUGGUCAUCAUCUCCGCCCUGGCCGCCGUUGCGCUCGCCCAAAACCCGGAUGCCGAAGCACAGAUUCUGUCCUCGGACAGCGUAGUCAACCCGGACGGUUCGUACGCAUGGAACUACGAAACGAGCAACGGCAUUCGUGCCCAGGAAGAGGGAGUCGGAGGCCAGUCCGCUCAGGGUAGUGCGUCGUGGACGGACAAGGAUGGUACACCCAUCCAGCUGACCUACGUUGCCGAUGUGAACGGCUUCCAGCCCCAGGGUGCCCAUCUGCCCCGCGAAGGACCUGCUCCGGCCCAUGUGCUGAAAACGCUCGAAUUCAUCCGUUCCAAUCCACCGAAGGAUGAUCCCAACUUCAACAUUCAGGCACUGGAAGCGGAAAUCGCCAGACUGCAGGCUCUCCAGUAAAGGUACCCACCCCCCCCCGGACUGAUAGCGGGAUCCUGAGGGGCAGGCCAAUCGGAACUCGUAGCAACCUGUGCACAUACUCAGAAUACCAAGAAGAAAGACACCAUCUGCGAUGCAAAUGUAAAGUGAAUUUUUGAAUUUUAUCUUGUAAAUUUAUUGUACAUAACACUAUUCCUUAGUUUUAAAUUUUUCUGAGCAAUAGAAAGCAAACUUUUUUUUAUGUAACUUUCAAAGAUAAUGCAUUUUUGAGAUGCAUUUGAUUGUGAGACAAUGUGCCCAUAUCAUGUUUUUUUUUAACUAAAUCGAUGUAGGAAGAGAUUACAAGCAAACACCGACGUCUAACGUCAACAAAAUAGAGGACGAGUCAAACAGCAACACUAUGUUGAAACAGAUCCAACUGUCAAAAUAAAACAACAGCUGUUGGUUAACAAUGUUGCGAAGAAACGAAAAGAGUGAUAGAAUGAGAGCGGGGAGCGGCGACAAAUGAAAAUGGUUCAUUUUUUACCGUCACAAAACGACAAACAGAAACUCAGCUAAUGUUAGGAAAGGGGAAAAUACUAUCUCAAUGACAUAACUUGUUCAUACAGAAACGAUAUUAUUUUAUAAAUAA